GUAACCUCUCGCUUGAAUGGUUCACAGUUUCCUUUUUGCUGGACCAGUAUGAAGUUUUUCUCCUCGGUGUUCGCAAUAUUCCUCCUCGUGGCAAGUGUCCUCGCGAUCGACGCAGGAGCCACUGCGCAACCGCCAGAUAAUAACUGUGGGACGGGUUUCUCCCAAACCGGCGAGCGCACGAACACGAACGACAAACAGGGUGACUCCCUUGUGAAGGGCGAGCUUAGUCAUGCGGAGUCAACCAACUCCGAUGUCCCGCACCCCGGUCAGAACAACCCUGACCAAAACAACCCCGACCAAAACAAUCCCGGUCAGAAAAACACCCCGGAUCAAAAUGCCACGAGCUCCGAUGGAUCACAAGAGCAAGCCCCGCCAGUUCUUAAUGGCGACUGCAUUCUCACCGGAGUCUACAUCAACAACACUGAUGUGUCAGAAUGCCACAGUAUCCUUGUCAGGUCUUUGCAUGUGCCUGCGGGCUUGACGCUGAAUUUGACCCAGUUACAGAAUAACACCAGGAUCUCGUUCCAAGGUACCACCACGUUUGGAAAGAUGCUAUGGGCUGGGCCACUGGUCGAGCUGCAAGGUAAUAAUCUUACGGUCACUGGACCCGGAACGCUUGACGGACAAGGUGCAUGGUACUGGGCCCAAGCUCGAAACGUUACCAAACCACGUUGGCUUUUCAAGAUGCACAAGGUGGUCAAUUCCACGGUCUACACGACCAUCACCGGAGUCACCGUCAACUCCAGCACUGGUGACGGGAUCGCGAAGAAUACGGAUGGAUUCGAUCUCGACAAAAAUGAUCACGUUACGAUCACCAGGAAUCGAAUUUUCGGCCAAGAUGACUGUCUUGCGAUGCAGUCGAGCACGAACACUGUAUUCAGCUACAACUUUUGCUGCGGCACACACGGUAUCUCUAUCGGCUCACUCGGCGGCCCUGAACAGAAUGUAUCCACCACUGUCGAUGGGCUCACGGUUACAGGUAACACCAUUGUGAACAGUACCAAUGGAAUCCGCAUCAAGACUAUCAUCGAACUCAAAGGUCUCGUCACCAACGCAGUGUACACCGACAAUGAGCUGUCGAACGUCACGCACGCUAUCGUGGUGCACUCGGAUUACAACAAGACCAAGGGCGGCUAUGCUGGCACACCAACGAGUCUUGUGAAGAUCACGAACAUCACUAUCGACGGUUUGAAGGGUACGUCGGAGAAUUUGUACGACAUUGUGUCGAAUCCGGACGUGGUGUCGAACUGGAUAUUCAAGAAUAUCAAUGUGGCCCGCAUCAAACAUCGGAAACUGCACCGGUGAACCUGCUAGCGUUCAGUGUCAAGACGCGAAAUAA